AUGCCAAAUCUAGUUUUCUUAUCUAUUAUUGGCAUAUGUCAAGAACCCAUACACAUAUUUGCUGAUCAAUGGGAACAAAAGCUUUUGACGUUUGUUCCACAUUUAAUGUUCUUUCGAUUCUAUGUUUCUGGUCCGACUGCCAAUGUUACUUUAACAAUCGAAGAAUUUUUAGAACCUUUUCGAAGAGAAUUUUGGCAAAAACGACAAUGGUACAUUGGUGUUGAUGUCGUAAAUGAUAGUAUCGAUCAUAUCUUUACGUUACCAUGUCCUGUUCGAAACGGUUUCGAAUUCAGAAUGAUUGCAAGUAUUCCAAGAGAUUUAACAACAAUACCAUUAUCGUGUAAGUGAUCAAAAAAAAUAUAUAUUAAUUUUUAUCUAUUUUCAUAUUUUCUAUACGAAAUAUUUUUGUGUUCUAAUCCCACUGAAAUGAUGAUAUUUCCUACGAUCAGAAAGACUCUGCUAAUAUUAAUGUGAAUCACACAGCUGAAUACUAUUGGCCAAAAUUCAGGAAAUAGUGUGUAUGCUGCUUAGUGCUUCUUCAAUUGAGAGAGGAGAGAGAGGAUUUCAUUCUAUUGAACAACAA